AUGAGCCGCGAUUAUGCCCCGAAAACAGCGCAGACGCGUCCGGCUCUCCCCGGCCCGCUGGAAAAGCGAGGCUGCUUCGGCUGGCUCUGUGGUAAGACCAAGACCACCAAGAAGCCCCAAGGGCCUCUGCCCAACUGGUACAUGCCUGCUACUCCCAACCCUCCGAAUCCGGGGACGGUCCCCUACUGGGACAGGCCUGACAAGUGUCGCCCGCGCGAAGAGACGCGGACAGUCCUUUGCUUUCCCGGCCUGCGCAUGCGGAGCGCGAAGAAUGAGCCUUAUACGGCCAAGUCAUCGACUGAUCAAGAUAAGGAGCUCCAGGAGCAACCAAAGGACGCAUCUGCCCGUUUAGACAGGGAAUACAGGGAAGCGGUGAGACAAUUCGAGGAAUGGCUCGCCGGCAUACGCCACGGCUCUGGCGAGAACAAUUCUUGGGAUCAGAACACUCGUAGGGCGCGGCGUGCAGUCGAGUCCUCGUCUCGCGGGGGUAGAAAGAGCGAGAGCUCUGACGACAGCGAUAGCCCAACCCAAAGCCUGACUGCCCCGCUGGAAAAGCGAGGGGGCUGCUUCGGAUGUAGAGGCAAAAAGGAGAAGGAUGAACCUUACGCGGUCAAGUCAUCGACGGAUCAAGAUCAAGAGCUCCUGGAGCAACCUGAGGACCCAUCCGACCGUUCACGGUUGGACAGGGAACUCAAGGAAGCGUACAAAGAAUUCGAUGACAUUUUCGCCAGCCUGAGCUACAGCCCUGGUGAGGAUAAGAAUGGCAAGUCUAAGCCUUUAAAGGGCAUCCUUAAGGGCGGCAACAGUUCGGGCGCCUCGUCGGGACGCAAACAUGUUCACUUCGAGUCUCCCGACCCUAUGGAACAGCCUCCAUCCCAGCCAAGCGGCCCUGUCAAUGGCGAGCGCCGCGGUCGUCUGGGCGGGGUUAGCAGCGAGAGCAUGGUUCGGCGCUUCGUCUCGCCUCCUAGGAGUAACCAGGGUAAAGACCAGCAAAAGGAUAGCAACUCCAAGCCUCUGAAGAGCAUCCUCAAGAACGGCAACCCCAAGCCUCUCAAGAGCAUCCUCAAGAACGGGAACAGCCCGGGCGGCUCGUCGGGACGCAAAACUGUGGGCUUCGGGUCUCCCGCCCCCAUGCGACAGCCUCCGUCCCAGCCAAGCGGUCCUGUUAACGGCGGGCGCCGCGGUCGUCUGGGCGGGGUCAGCAGCGAGGGCAUGGUUCGGCGCCCAGUCUCCGUCCCGCAUCCCAAGAGUAAGCCCGUCUCAUCUCCCAAGAGUAACCCGGGUCCAGAGCCGCACAGGAACGGCCGCCCCAAGCCCCUGAAGAGCAUCCUCAAGGACGGGAACCGUUCGGAGGGCUCGUCAGCGGGCAAGGGUGUUCACUGGGGGACUCCCUUGACGAAGGCGCAGCGUGUGAAGCGGCCUGGGCCGCCGCGUGAGCCAUGGCAUUACGCCGUGUGA